AUGCUCCCACUGGAGCUUUUAAGCUUAGUGUGUGGAUAUCUACCCAAGCCAAAUCUCAAACAAGUGCGCCAGGUCUCGAAGAUAUGGGAACGAGCUGCGGUCCCCUGGCUCUUCGACGAAAUCUUCAUUUCCCAGAACAUGGCUGAUCUUCGUAUCGCUAAGCUUGUCAUCCUCCAUUUCAAGCAAUACAUCCGCACUUUGGUGUUUUCUACCGUCUACUACACAGAACUCUCCCGGGAAAGCUUUGACGAGCAGUUUGAUUGCGGGUUCGAUGGGGAGUUCGAUGGGGAGUCCGACAUCGACAGUGACAGUCACAAGAGUCAGUCCGACCAUGCUUUCGCAAUUUACUGCAUUGCUCGCAAGAACCAGCAAGCAAAUCUCAUAGAUGGUUCAGCUUCAGCAUACCUGUCAUUCGCCCUUACCAGCUCGGCGAAUAUUCGGAAGAUAGUCCUCACAGACACCUCCAGCUCGCGGGUCAUGUCCCGCCAGUCGUUGCAGGCCUACGAGCCGCGGAGCUCAAAAGCUUGCCCAAUCAAGCAAUGUGACCUUAAGGACACCGAUCACAUCCCUCACGCAAUGCGCCACUUCGGAUUGUCCCAAGAAGGCUUUACCAAUCCUUGGCGCUUAGUGCUACUCGCGUUAUCCGCCACGAGUGCAAAUGUCAAAGAGUUGACUAUGGAGCCUAGCGACAUGGAGUUGAGCACAAACACAGCUGGAUUUUCGAUGUCGCCCGAGAAGCUCAGUCAGGCUCAGCUCUGUUUUAACACCUUGACCAAGAUUCGUUUCUCUCUCAACGUAGAUACUGAUCGAUUUUCUACGAAGGUCGAGACACGCCACGUCCAUCGUAAUGUCGCCAAGCUUUUAAGGAGUGCCAUCAACCUUGAGAGUUUGUCGCUUAAUUUGACAAACGAACCAGGGGUGGGAAUGUCCGAAUACUCUACGUUACAGAGUAUACUGGGACGGUGCAGAUUUCCCAAACUCCGAUCGUUAACCUUGGUCUUACUUGCUUCCUCGGAGGCAGAAUUGCUUCGGCUACUCAAACACUCCAGAAAUCUUGAACAACUCACCAUCCGCGGCCACGAUUUGACUGAAGGUUUGUGGCUGCGGGUUGCGGCCUGGAUUCGAGCUUCUUUGCCGCUGCUGAAGCACGCAGAGUUCAAUUCGCUAUUUGGUGGCUUCGAAGAGCCCUGGGCGGAUACUGAAUACGCGGACCAAUACGGGCACGUUGGCGACUUUCUCUUCGGUCAAGGGGAAAAUCCAUUCACGACGAAAGCGCUAGAAAAGUACGAUGCCGAUAUCAAAGCAUAA